AAACACCAUGAAAAUAUUCAUUAAAUAACAUAUAAACAUGCCAGCUUGGGAAAAUCAGUAAGCAAAGGAGUCAGGAAAUUCCAAGUUGUUAUCAAAACUCUCGGCUCAUAGGGCUUUAAUCCAGGUGCCCUUGUCUCCUACCCUUGCUGCCAUCCCAGUGUCUCCAUGGAGUAAGUAGAAAUAAAGAUCCUAUCUCACUUCUUAGGCAUUUUCCCCUCCCCAGGAAGCCCAUAAUCGCCUAGCACGUCAGUGACUAAGGAGCCAGGCUCCAAAGAAGAUUAGAGGAACAGUUUGUGGGGUGCACUGGGCAAGGAGUAUUCUCCUCUGAGUUCAAUCAUCUUGCACUCCUAAGAAUCACCACCAUGGCCCUUGUGCCAGGGAGCAGCGAGGAGGAUGGGCUUUGGAAUAGAAAUAGCCUAGGCUCCUCUCAGCAUCCAGAAAGUCCCAGGCUGCCCAACCGUCUCGGGGACAGAGGAGAGAUUGGCAAGGCUGAAGGUCACCAGGAUAUUCAGGUUUUCUCUCAAAAGUCCCAUCUGCCAUCUAUUGUGGUGGGAGCCUCUGAGGUGAAUGAAGAGAGUGGGGAUCUCCACUGGCCCCAUGAGGAGCUGCUGCUGCUCACUGAUGGUGAGGAAGAGGAGGCGGAGGCCUUUUUCCAAGACCAAAUUGAAGAGGCAGGCUGGGCUUGGAGCCCACAGGAUGCUAGAUCUCCUUUAAGAACAUUUAACGCUGGACUCAGCUGGGGGCAGGACCAGGAUGAGGAAGAUGCUUGUUGGAUUCCUGAGGACACAGAGUGUCAGGGAGCCACCAACCACUGUCCUUUCUGGGACUCAGGAACAGGGUCCGGUGUUUGCAGAAGCAGCUUUGUGGAAUAUUCCCAUCUCCUGCCUCCCAGUAGCUUUGAGGGUAAGUAUUGCUCCCUCCCCUUCAAACAUCUCAUCCAGGUUUAUGAAGCUCCUUAUACCCAUCCUCUCACAAUCUCCUUUUACAGGUGAGAAAAAUUUACAAGCCAGUCGGUGGGGCAGAGGGUUGGAUUCAGUUUCUGUUCGCUGCUUUUAGGAGCUCCAGUUUAGGAAGUGGGGAAUGACCCACUUGAAACUUCUCUUUUCAGCACUCACCUCGUGCUAAAUAUUUCAACUCUAGGUUAUUCCCACUCUGCAGAUGAGUAAACUGGGGCACAGAAACAUUCAGUAGUAGUGCACCCAGCUAGUAAACGUGGAAGCCAGGACUCAAAUUCUCACUUUGCAGCCAG